CAACACACCCUCUCUUCCUCUCUCACCCGAAACCCAAUUCUAUCUCUCUCUCUGUGUUUCGUUUUCUCUUUCUCUCUCUCUCUGUGGCCGCCUCGUCGCUUCUGCGACUCUGAAACUCCCUCGCUCCUGCGAAACGCAUUGGUUUGGGGCGGUUAUUAAAACGGUUACGUUUUGGCUUAAUCGUCAAUCACUGCGCCCUAGGGUUAGUUCUCUCUCUCUCUCUCUCUCGCCCUUUGUAUCUCCGUCGUUUAAUUUUCGGGGCCUCUGCGAAUCCUAGGUCUUUGGAGUCACAGAGAGAAGAGGAAUCCGUAUGUGUUAGGGUUUCUAUUUUCAGCGCAUUUACUCGGCCUUCAGUCUCUGAUUUCGCCGUCGCCUAGGGUUUUUUUUUUUUGUUUUUGUUUUUGUUUUUUGUUUUGUUUUUUGGUUUUGUUGGUAUGAUUGGACUGUUUGAUGGGGCGGUGAUAUUUUCGUUGUUGCCAUAGUUACGGACCUAUUGCUUCUUCGGGUAUCGGGGUUGAAGAUGAGGGGGCUCUGAGUGUAUGCAAUUUUCUCCUGCAAAUCCAUCUUUUUUAUUUGAAGAUGGAGGAGUAGAUAGAUUCCCCUCUGUGUUAGUUUUUUCGAAUAGCAUUGUGUUGUAAUCUUGGCAUUGGCCGCCCCGGUUUGAUAAGUGGGUGGAAGCCCCGGUGUUGGUAGAGAUAGUUGGUCAGUGACAAUAUCAGAGGGUGUUGAUUUUAUUAAUCGGAAGUAAUAAGGCUUGGUCCAGGUUUAGAAUUUGGGGAUUCUAUAUAGAAGAGAAAGAAAAUAUACCCCCCCCUCGAAGCAACUGUGUUUUGAUAAGUUUCGUGGAGGAAAUCCUAGUUGUGACUUAGGAUAACCGGAGUAGUGGCACUGACUUGCGUAUUGCAGUUGAUUGUGAAGAAGAGAAAAUACUUGUAGUUGAAACUUCACUCUGUUUGUUGAAGUAUAAUAAUUUGGGGAAAACAGUGGAGGUGGUGAAGAAGGUAAGAAGUGUUUCUGUUGUUAUAGCUGAUCAUGUUCAGUGCUCCUUAUGGAAAGAAGUGAACCCACAUUAGUUCCAGAAUGGCUGAGAAGUACAGGCAGUGUUACUGGAGGUGGCAGUUCAACCCACCAUUUUGUAUCAUCUUCAGAUGUUCCGUCCUUGGCUCAUCACAUGAGAAAUAGACCUUCAAAGAGCAUAACUGAAUUUGAUAGCCCUCGUUCUCCUUAUUUGGACCGCUCUUCCUCCUCUAAUUCCCGGAGGAGUUCUAGCAAUGGUUCUGCAAAGCAUGCUUACAGUAGUUUUAACAGAAGCCACCGUGACAAGGACCGCGAAAAGGAAAAAGAAAGAUUAAAUUUUGGCGAACCUUGGGACCGUGACUGUUCUGACCCUCUGGGAAGCUUGUAUACCAGUAAGGACCAUUUGCGACGUUCCCAGUCUGUGCUUUCCAGGAAUAAGAGUGAAGUGUUGCCCCGAAGAGCUGCUAUUGAUUCAAAAAGUUGUAGCAACAGCAGUCAUAACAAUGGCAAUGGUCUGAUUUCUGGGGUUGGAGUUGGUAUUCAGAAUACUGUGUUUGAUAAGGAUUUUCCCUCACUUGGAACUGAAGAAAGGCAAGGUGUGCCUGAUAUUGGCAGAGUCCCAUCUCCGGGAUUUACCUCAGCUGUUCAGAGCCUGCCUGUUGGCAAUUCAGCUUUAAUUGGGGGAGAGCAAUUUAAAUCAGCUUUGGCAGAGGUGCCUAAUGCUAUAAUUGGAAGCAGUAGCUCAGGAUCAUUUUCGGUUCAACCAACUGUUGCUGCUACUUCAGUGUCGGGGGCUUCCAUUGCAACGGCUGGUCUUAACAUGGCUGAAGCAUUAGCGCAAGCUCCAGCAAGAGCUCGCACUGCUCCUCAGUUAUCUAUCAAGACACAAAGGCUUGAGGAAUUGGCUCUCAAGCAGUCGAGGCAAUUAAUACCAGUGACACCUUCAAUGCCAAAAUCUUCAGCUCUUAAUUCUUCUGACAAGUUAAAACCCAAAACAGCAGUCAGAGCUGGUGAGAUGAAUGCAACUGUUAAGGGUGGGCAGCAGCAGCCCUCUCAGUCGCACCAUGCCAAUCAAUCUCUUCAUGGGGGGCCUGUCAAGUCUGAUGCUCCAAAGACAUCUCAUGGGAAGUUCCUUGUUCUCAAACCAGUAUGGGAAAAUGGUAUCUCUUCUUCUCCAAAGGAUGUCACUAGCCCCACAAGUAAUGCAAGCAGCAGAGCAGCAAAUAGCCCACUUGCUGUUGCUCCUCCAGUUGUGUCCGCUUCUUCAAGGAGCCCUAACAAUCCAAAGCUUUCGGCGGUGGAAAGAAAGGUAGCUGCCUUGGAUCUGAAAUCUGGAGCCACUUUGGAAAAGAGACCUUCUUUGUCUCAAGUCCAGAGCCGGAAUGAUUUCUUUAAUCUCCUAAAGAAGAAAACCUCAGUGAACAGUUCAAAUACUCUCCCAGAUUCAGGCCCUAAUAUUUCAUCUCCCACUAUGGAGAAAUCUGGUGACAUAACUAGGGAAGUAUUCAGUGAUCCUGCGAGCCCUCACAUUGAAAAUGGUGGUGAGGUGACUGGCAACGGUGAUAGCUCUGAAGAGGUUCAGAGAUUUUCUGGUACUGGCCCAAGUGCAGCAGUUUAUCCGGAUGAGGAAGAGGCUCGUUUCCUCCGUUCUCUUGGAUGGGAGGAAAAUUCUGGUGAUGACGGCGGUCUAACUGAAGAAGAGAUCAAUGCCUUUUAUGACCAGUAUAUGAAAUCAAGACCAUCUCUCAAACUGAGUCGAGGCAUGCAGCCGAAGCUUUCAAUGCUGCCUGAAUCUCAUGCAACUAAUUUGGAUGGGGCAACUACUGAACUGAGCUCAUCUGACUCUGGGUCUGAAGCUUGAUUUACUUUUUCUCACACAUAGAUCCAAGAAUUUUCAAUUUUUUGAUGGCAGAUGGUUAGUCUCUUAUCUCUUUGUUUUGGAAAAAAAGAAGCUGAGAAUUCGGUAAGAAACAAGAUAAUGGGUCUGGAGAAGAACUAUGCAUUCUGCAAAUAGUGCAAUAAGUUACAGGUGCCCCAAUCCUGUCUGCCUAAAAUGGUUUUUGUUUAGGUUUUAAAUUUUUAUGGGAGAGCGUAGGGUAGGGGCUAUUUUGUCUGCAGUGGAAGAUGAUGAUGAGAAAAUUGAUACUUUGGUGUAUUUUGGUCCUCGUUCUUCCUCUUUCCUUUUAGGGGGUUUCAUUCUACAAGAAAAGGCUUAUUAUGUUUUUGGUCAAUUUUACGGAAAAGAAGAAAUCAAAAGGGGUUUAUUUUUAUC